CUCUUCGUAACCUUCUAAACGUCCGGUUACCUACGUUCAACACGAGAAGCUGAGCCGCAAAGACCAGAAACCCUGAACCUUCUCAGCAUCAGCUGCUCACUUGAAACUGAUUGACUGAGGAGCAUUUAAAGUCAUGGUCUGCCUCCUCCCAUCCUACCACUUUGCCCUCAUCAACAACAUCAUCCACCUCAGUCAUCAAACCAAACUAAGUAAAUAGUUUACAAGCAAAGAACAGCUGAAAGCUCUUAAACCAAACGCUACCUUACAAAAAAUCAAAAUGAAGUUCAUCACCGCCAUCCUCACCCUCGCUGCCGUGGCCGUUGCCAGUCCCACCGGCACAAACCCCCCUCAGUGCACGCCGGCCACCUACUCGUGCGCCAAGAACCCUGACACCCACGCCGAGGGUUGGCAGGUCUGCGAUGUCGACAGCAAGUGGGUGUACGCCGGUGACUGCCCCCCGAAGACUAUCUGCCAGUUCUUGGAGGCCAACGGAAGCCCUUAUUGCAUUCCUGCUGAGUGGUAAAGCGGGGGAUGAAUGGAGGUUGAAACUCGAGAGAAGGGAGUCGAGUGGCGGGUAUCCCGCGUAGGACGAAGUUGGGUUGGAAUCGGGUGUUAUUUCUCACGACACUCCUUUAACUUGAGUUGAAGUUUAGGAAGUUAGGUAUGGAUGCGCACGGGGGGGGACCUGUAAAUACUUGGUUCAUUCACUCCUUAUCAUUGAUCAGGAAAUAAUCAAUUUAUGAUACUGCGUGGAUCACCUCUCCAUAGCAAGAUUCACAGUAGUAAAACACUACUAUUUUUCUCGGGAACGAAUACAAAGGGCGUGUCGACACCCGAAACCCCAGCUUUGCUCGAAAGAAAUCGCGACGUGCAACCUAGUCGAACGCGAAACCUCUUCGUAA